GGGAAAGGCGCUAGAGGAUUGUGGGAAGAUGGAGGGCAACGUGGGGAAGUUGGAAGUGGAAGCUUUGCGAAGGAAAGAGAGGCUGAAAGAGCUACGGAACAAAAGGCAAAAAGAUGAAAGUGAACCUCAGAGUAAACUACGAGCAGGCGAAGAGGAAGAACAACACAGGGAGCUGAAGCUGAGAAAUUACACCCCCCAGGAUGAAGUUCUGAAGGAGCGGCAGGUGCCACAGGCCAAGCCAAUCUCAGUGGAAGAGAAGGUACAGGAACAGCUGGAAGCAGCCAAACCAGAGCCAAUCAUUGAGGAAGUAGACUUGGCUAAUCUUGCUCCCAGGAAACCCGACUGGGAUCUAAAGAGAGAUGUAGCCAAGAAGCUGGAAAAGCUGGAGAAAAGGACCCAGAGAGCCAUUGCUGAGUUAAUACGGGAGCGGUUAAAAGGACAGGAGGAAGAAUUGGCUACAGCAGUGGCAUCAGCAAAUCAAGAGGAUGAAGAUUCAGACUAAACCCACUGUGUAAUGGAAAAAAGGACUCUAGCACCUGAUUUGUGGCCCAAAAAUGUGUGGCUAAUAAGAUUUCACAGAAUUCAACCAUUCUUGAGCUCUGAUUCUCUGUACUCCUGGGCUGCUCUCUUUCCCAUGGUCAGGCAGGGAUUCAGGACUUGGUUCCAGUUGAGCAUUUGGUGGAAAUUACCUGGUUUCAUUGCAGUAGUCUCUAGGGGCAAGGAAAAGCAGUGUAAAGCCGAGUGAUACAGCUUUGGAUGCUAGAGACGAACAUUUACUUCAUCAAACCAAGGAAUAUCUUCCAACCAGCUUUAUAGUCAGGAUCAAUCCCUCCCCCUGACUGACAUGGGAAAGAGAACAGUCCAAUACUAGGAGUACAGAGGAUCAGAUCUAUACAGAGGCACGAGUUUCCUGUACAUCAAUGUCUGUAAUUAAAUGAUUAUAGUUUAGGGUAUAAGCCGUGCGAGGCUCUUCUGUAUCUGUGGAAACUCAAUAGGCUUUGCUACAGUGAGGAAGCAUUUCCAGUUCACGUAGGACAAUACAUUGGUUUGUAUCAUGUGUACAUUGUAUAAGUAGAAGUAACAUGUUACUAUUUCUUACAUUUUAUAAUAAACAUUUAAAAACACA